GUCAACUUCGAGUUCUUCAUUAGUACUACCCAUCAAUUGAAUUACAAUAUGCAUAUAUAUAUAUAGAGAAAACUUUGUCUUUUCUCUUCUCCUCAGAAAUCCUUAAUUGCACAACUACUGCGUACUAAACCAUGAAUCAAACCACCUCCCUCCCAACGUUGUUGCCUGCAGACCUCCCUUGCUUUCCUAUACUACAAUUCUUGCAACACCCUCAUCCUCAUCAGCAGAUGCAGAUGCUGCAUCAAUGGCCUCCUCUUGAUCACCCUACUUCUCCUCCUGCAAUAUCCUUCCUCCAUUCCUUCUCUCCGGUUCGAGCUCCCGAACAAGACCAUCUCCCACAGCCCCAGAAUCGCAUUUCAGAUGAUGCUUUUUCAUCAAAGCCUCCGGUGACUCUUGAAGGAAUUGCAGCUGUCGUGGGCGAGCACGUUCUCUUCGGAGGCAGCAGGAAAUUAGUGGACGAGAACCUUCGGGCUGAGAAUCCGAGGAAAGAAAUUGAUGGGAAUCACAGGAACGGCGCCGUCGGGGUGAAAAAAAGCUACCGGGGUGUGAGGAAGAGGCCCUGGGGAAGGUGGUCGGCGGAGAUACGCGACCGCAUAGGGCGGUGCCGCCACUGGCUGGGAACAUUCGACACGGCGGAGGAAGCGGCGCGCGCGUACGACGCGGCGGCGAGGCGGCUGAGAGGGUCGAAAGCGAGGACCAACUUUCAGAUACCUUCGGUUCUGCCGGAGCCCUCUUUGAAUAAUUCGUCAUCCUCAUCAUGUGAUCAGACAAGGAAGAGAUCAAGAUCAGGAGGCAGCAACAACGUUAAAGGGAAAGUGGUGGAGAGUAGUGUGGGGAAGAAGUGUUCUGUUGUAACGUGUGCAGCACAUCUGUUUGGCCCAAGUCGGAGCGGUGUGGUGGUGGCGGACAGCAAACGGUCAGGUGGUGUUAGUUUGGAGCUUGGUCUGAAACUUGGUGGCGGGUUUAGUGAGAGUACAAGCAGGGCUUCUUCAAUGGUGGUUUGAUUAUUACUGUAAUAAUUAUAUAUAUAUAUGUGUAGUUUGAUCUUUUAUACAUAGGGUGGGUAGGGGUUUCUUGGUUCUUGGUAUGUAUGUUGUUAAUUCUGGGUGAUUAGGGUUUGUAAUUGUGUUGGGUUUAUGUGUUUGACAUCUGCUGUGAAGGUAAUGAAUGAUGACAACAAGAAGUUUACUAGUCCUCAUCAGAUUCCUGUUUCUCUAUUAAU